AUGGCUUUCUCUGUCCCUAACGUGGUCAAGAAAGCCCCAGCGGCAGACUCCAAGCUCAUCUCUACCAAAACGCUGCUCGAGCGGUACGCCGAGUACGACAUCGACGCGCAGCAGCAGCAGCAGGCCAAAGGUGAGCGUGGCAUCGUCGUGAUCUCCCUCGACGGUGACGAGCCGAUCUUUGCCCCGGUGGAUGAGUACUACACUUGCGACGGUGUUAAGAACACGAAGAAGGUCGACGGCCUCGCUAGGACUGCAAACCAGUACCUAGCUGAGCAGAUAGCGCUCGCGGGCUUGACCGCUGAGGCCCGGAUCAUCGAGGGCAAGGAAGUGGAUGGCGGCGAAAGCUACGAAAUGGAGGAUCUUGGAAUUGACAAGAAGGCGGUCAAGGCGAACGCUAUGCGCGAGGCUGCCAGUACCGCGACCCGUCAGGAUGUCGGGUUUACGGCUAUAAACCACUUUCUGAAUCCACCCGAGCGCGAACUACCGGUUUACCACGCGGUGGGCAACUUCAAUGACGAAGAAUUUCGGGUGGCUGAGAUAAACGCCGGUCCCGCAGACGCUGAGCGUGUAAGUAAAAGCAUCUACCGUGAGCCGCCUGAGCUUCGCGGACCUAUGCGGCGUCCCGGCUGGAAGCCACUCGACGACACGAUGAUCCGAAUUGCUGAAGUGAUGACCCCAACGACGCAUUUCGCUCGUUUCUCGUGGUCAAAUUAUGGAAUAAUUGGCCUGAUUCUGAAUGCCGAAGCAUCAUUUGGUAACACGGUCUGGCACACUGACAUCUCUCUCGAGCUGUUGUUGCCCGCCAGCGAGGAGCAGAGGAUUGAGCUCCCACAUGUGGUCGAGGUCUCUCUUGAACUGCUGAAUCCUACCACAGAUGCUGGCGGGGAGAAGUAUUCCGGGAGUAGAAAACAGAGCAGCCGCAAUGCAGCCCUCGAACUUGAAGUGACAGCAGGAGCACUCAUUGGCCUCACCACGGACUAA